AUCUUCUUCUGCCGCUCCACCAUUCCUCUCUCUUUCCUAUCUUAUUAUCAAUAUAAGAUAAAUAUAAUUAAUUCAUCUACAUGCCAUGCCAUGCCACUUUCCAUAAUUUUAAAAUCUUAUUUCAAGUAACCGCGACUUUCAAAUAACAAUCCCCUCACACACGUCUUUCAAAUUCCACUCCAUAUAAAUACUCAAACCCCCUUCCCUCUUCCCUCACUCACCCAACAUUCUAUUCAACCAAAAUCAAAAUGGUCGAUUUACAUUGGAAAUCAAACAUGCCAACUUCCGACAUGUCUCCCAAGGCACCAAAACUCUCUCUCUCCUUCCAUAACCACAACACAGACAUCUUCUCCACUGCACCCUCACUCCGCGCCGCAUACGAAAACUAUCUCCACCUUCCGGAACUCAGAAACCAUUGGAACACGCCACACUUCCCUAACUGGACCAACGAACCAAUCGUAAAACCCGCUUUACAAGCUCUCGAAAUCACCUUCCGUUUCCUCUCCAUCCUUCUGUCCGAUCCCAGACCUUACUCCAACCGCAGGGAACGCAACCGCAGGCUAGAGUCCCUCGCCAUCCACCAAAUCGAAAUCAUCGCAAUGCUGUGCGAGGACGAGGACCACAACUCCGCCACACGUGGCACCGCGCCAACUGCUCAUCUCACCAACACCGACAAUUGCCAGACCAGAAGCUACAGCCAAGAGAGUCUGCUCCCGCGCCUCGCCACCUGGUACAAAUCCAAGGACGCGGCGCAGAGGAUCCUUCUCUCCGUCGAAUGCCAAAUGAGGAGGUGUCACUACACGCUGGGUUUGGGAGAGCCCAACCUCGCCGCCAAACCCAGCCUCUUGUACGACCGCGUCUGCAAGCCUCGCGAGAUUCACGCGCUCACUGGCCAGCGCGUGGAGAAUCACGAGAACGACGCGGUGCACGCCACGCACCAGAUCGCCGAGUGUUGGAUCCGCGCCGCCUGUAAGCUUGUGGAAAGGAUCGGCGACGCCAUCCUUUCCAGAAGGUUCGAGGAGGCCGCGGAGGACCUCCACGCGGUGGAGCGGAUCUGGAAGCUUCUAUCGGAGGUGGAGGAUCUUCACCUGGUCAUGGAUCCGGACGAUUUCUUGCGGCUGAAGAACGAGCUGGCGGUGAGGUCGUCGAGAGGCGAGACGGCGUCGUUCUGCUUCCGGUCGAAGGAGCUCGUGGAGUUAACGAAGCUGUGCAGAGAUCUGAGGCAUAACGUGCCGGAGAUUCUGGAAGUGGAAGUGGAUCCGAAGGGAGGACCGAGGAUUCAGGAGGCGGCGAUGAAGCUGUACGUGGCGGAGAAGAAGAGCGCGUUCGAGAAGAUUCACGUGCUUCAGGCGAUGCAGGCGAUUGAGGCGGCGAUGAAGAGGUUCUUCUUUUCGUACAAGCAGGUCUUGGCGGUGGUGAUGGGAAGCUCCGAGGCGAACGGGAACCGAGUUGGCUUGAGUUACGACUCGGCUGACUCGUUGACUCAGAUUUUUCUGGAACCCACGUAUUUUCCAAGCUUGGAUGCCGCCAAGACUUUCCUAGGCUACUUUUGGGAUAAUGCCGAUUCCAAGUUGGUUUGAAUUUCAAAUCUAUCCGCUUAAAUUGUAUGGGUAAUGUUAUAUUAUUCACUUUAGUUUCAUACUGUUACACGUCAGGAAACUAAAAUGAGAGAGCAAAACAAGACAUGUACUAAUUUAUAAAUUCUUUUUUUCUUUUCAACUAAACUGAAUUAAAUUUUGUAAUAGCCUUUGCUCCUUCUAAAAUAUUGGUUAAAUACUUUUUUGAUCUC